UUGCAGCAAAUGGUGAAUUUGAAUGGAUGAUAUACUAAUUCACAUUUCUUAAUUUUCAUUAAAUUAGGUUAACCGAUCAUGCUGGGGUAUUUGAUUAGACAUUUUGAUUCUAAUCAAAAGUUGGUUGAUGAAGCUGCAAGGUGUUGUCAUGUGACUAGUAUAAAGCAUCAUACGUCCACAUCUGGACACAACUUGAUCUCCAUCCCACACAAAAUGGCCAGUCUCCGUGUCUAUCUGUGUGUCGGCGUCCUGGUCUGUAUGUUCAUGAUGGCCACGGCUGGGAAGCGUUUCGAGAAGCAACGACUUCCGCGUCACGCCACUUUUGAAGAUCGACUUAAUUUGCUGAAGGAAAAGCGAGAUGAUGGGCUGAUCUCAGAAGCAACCUACCAAAAGUUGAUCAUAAAUCUGACAAACGCGCAGGAGCGAAGAAUGAUGGGCAAGCCGUAGAUCUUCUACUCGUCAGUGCAUGAUGCACCAGAAAUAAAAGAACAAAUAAU